UAGUCUGUCGGUGCUGGGUUAGCCCAUGAUGCAGUGCAGUAUUUUGUAGGUCUCCAGUUUAAUGUGAAUUUUUUUCCCCAAUCAAAGAUGGCGGUACAGGAAAUAGCUGCUCAACUCUCCAUGGCACUGAAGGUCCAGGAAUAUCCAACUUUAAAGGUACCAUAUGAGACCUUGAACAAGCGCUUCAGGGCUGCUCAGAAGAAUAUAGACCGGGAGACGAGUCACGUGACCAUGGUUGUGGCAGAGCUGGAGAAGACUCUGAGCAGCUGCCCAGCUGUGGAGUCCGUUGUUUCUUUACUAGACGGGGUUGUGGAGAAACUCAGUGCUCUGAAAAGAAAGGCUGCCGAGUCUAUCCAGGCUGAAGACGAGAGUGCGAAGUUGUGCAAGCGGAGGAUUGAGCACCUGAAGGAGCACAGCAGCGACCAGCCGGCUGCAGUGAACGUGUGGAAGAAGCAGCGCAUGGACCGCAUGAUGGUGGAGCACCUGCUGCGCUGCGGCUACUACAGCACAGCUGUGAAACUCGCCAGGCAGAGCGGCAUAGAGGACCUUGUAAAUAUCGAGAUGUUUCUCACAGCUAAAGAGGUUGAAGAGUCCUUGGAGAGACAGGAAACCGCCACCUGCUUGGCGUGGUGCCACGACAACAAAUCAAGACUGCGGAAGAUGAAGUUUUCCUUCCAGAGCUGUCUGGAGUUCAGCCUUCGAAUUCAAGAGUUCAUUGAGCUUAUCAGACAAAACAAAAGGAUGGAUGCAGUCAGGCAUGCCAGGAAACACUUCAGCCAGGCUGAGGGAGGUCAGCUGGACGAGGUCAGGCAGGUGAUGGGAAUGCUGGCCUUUCCCUCUGAUACUCAUAUUUCUCCAUACAAGGAUCUCUUGGACCCAGCUCGCUGGAAGAUGCUGAUACAACAGUUCAGAUACGACAAUUAUAGAUUACAUCAGCUUGGCAACAAUUCUGUCUUUACCAUAACUCUUCAAGCUGGACUCUCGGCUAUAAAAACACCACAAUGUUACAAGGAAGAUGGGACUUCAAAAAAUCCAGACUGCCCAGUCUGCAGCAAGUCUCUGAACAAGCUAGCACAGCCACUGCCUAUGGCACAUUGUGCCAACUCACGGCUAGUCUGUAAAAUCUCUGGAGAGGUUAUGAAUGAAAAUAACCCUCCCAUGAUGCUUCCAAAUGGAUAUGUAUACGGAUGCAAUUCUCUGCUUUCCAUUCGCCAAGAUGAUAAGGUGAUCUGCCCAAGAACCAAAGAGGUUUUCAAUUUUUCGCAGGCUGAGAAAGUCUACAUCAUGUAAAUGUACAGGCCAGGGGCAAUGCUGGAGCUUCAUGAAAUUAUGGCAUGCCCGGUCAGGUCUGAAACGCAAAGAAAAAGGAACCCGAGUCUAUCUGGAGAGUCGGACCUAUGUAACCGUGGCAUUGUUUCUUGCGACCAAAGAGCAAACUGCACAAAUAUCUGGAGCAUUUCAUGAGUAAGACCAGGAACAAGGAAGAAAAAUAAAUGAGAAAUAACUUAAGAUUGUACUUGGGGAAAGUAGCGUUCCUAUUUUGUUGUGGGGGUUUAUAACAUUAUAGAAUUGAUUUUGGAAAAUUGAUGUUUUAAAAAAAAUAUAUAUAUUGCAUUUAGUGUUGUGUGUAGGGCUCACUAUCAAAAUCAUUAGUGCUGUUUUUUUUUUUUUUUUGUGCUGUUCAAAAUGUAAAUCCAAUAGCAGUUUUACCGUAUUGGAGUUAGACAGUCGGAGGGGGAAAUCAGAAGACCGAGAUGCCAAAAAGGUUAAUUACAUUUUGGAUGAUGCAUAAACUCGGACUCAUAAAUCCUGUUUUAUUAUCCAACGCCCUACAUGAUUUCAGCAGACCAGCUGCUUCCUGGAAAUGUAGAAGAUUGUUUUAGUACUUAUUUAUGCAUGUUUAUAUUGUUAGAAUAUAGAAAAAGUUGUAAAAUUGCUAAAACAGGUUAAUAAAAACAAGUUGCUGUUUA